AUGUCGAGCCCUGAUAUGUCACCAGGAAGAUUUACUAUCCAGUAUGCUACCAAAUUAGCCCAGUCUUUAAAACGAAAGCGGUUACGUCAAGCCCAACAAAGUGCAAAGCGAAGACGCCUUGAACUUAAAAGUGAGAGACUGUCGAAAGACGCUUCUCAGAUGGUGCUUGAAGGUGCAACAUACAGUUCCAACAUUGGAUUUGAUGAGGCUACUGACAUAGAAGACAUCAGUUUUGCUACAGAGGAUAUAUCUUUAGACAACAGUCCCUUGAUAGUUUCUGAUCUCGAAACAACUGGAUUAAGUUAG